GCUGCGUCCGGAAGCCGUGUGGAGCGCCAGCCCGCGGCCGGCAGCAGCCCGGUGAAGCCGUCGGCAGGCGUCGCCAUGCACUUCCACCUGGAGAAGGACUGCCAUGCCCGGUCCGACUGCCACAUCCUCUCGCUCUCGUGGAUGGGCCGCGUGCCCAACGAUCUCAUUGAGCAGGAGGGCAGCUGGCGACUGAACCGCUCCAGCUACUACCAAGAGGGCUGGCUGGCCACCGGCAACGCCCGGGCCAUCGCCGGCGUCACCUUCACCUCCUCGCACAGCCGGAAGCACACCGACCUGCCCGUCCGAACCAACUACAACCUGCGCGGACACCGCACCUCUACCUGA